AUGACGCGCCGUCGUCUCGCGCUCGUGUUCCCCGGCCAGGGCAGUCAGCGCGUUGGCAUGGGCAAAGACCUGCUCCGUGACUGGCCACGCAUCGUCAAUGCAGUGCUCGAGGAAGCGAGCGAAGCCACGGGACUGAGUCUGCGGCGUCGCAUGACGGAAGGCCCCGCCAACGAGCUCACGCCCACGCACGUGGCCCAACCAGCGCUGCUGGCCCUGUCGGUCGCCGUACUCCGCGUCCUGCAGCACGAGCUCGAGCUGCCGAACGUGCACCUGGCGCUCGGCCAUUCACUGGGCGAGUACUCGGCGCUCGUGGCAGCAAACGCUAUCGACUUUGCCGCAGCUGCUCGUCUCGUGCACACUCGUGGCCUGGCCAUGCAGCGCGCCGUCGCUCCUGGGGUCGGGGCCAUGGCCGCUCUGAUGCCCGUGCAGCCUCCCGCCAUUGAGCGGCUGUGCCGCGAAGCGGUGGCCAGUACCGGGAAAACGUGCCAAGUGGCCAACUACAACUCGCACACGCAGACGGUCAUCAGCGGCGACGCCGAAGCUGUUCAUGCGGUCGUUCGCCGCGCAAAGACAACGGGUCUGGCGCGACGAGCAGUGCUGCUGGACGUGAGCGCGCCGUUCCACUGCGAGCUCAUGGCACCUGCGAAACGAGAGCUGCGCGUGCACCUCGCGCACUUGUUACGGGCCAACGCGCUGCGGCCGCCCGAGGUGCCCGUGGUGUGGAACGUCGAGGCUGCCGCGACGAUCAAGACGCCCGAGGAGGUCGCACAAGUGCUGGAGACACAGGUCGUGCAGGCUGUCCGCUGGGGCGCCAGCGUCGACUAUUGCGUGGACAAGGGCGUGACCCACUUCCUGGAGCUCGGCGUCGGCGGCGUGCUGAGCGGACUGAUUCGACAGCAGACAGGCAAGACGAGCGACUUGAUGAUCACGAGCUGUGGCACGUCCGACGAGAUCAAGACGUUCAUGAGCGAGCAACAGCACUGA